AUUGCUUUCCCUCCUCCUCCUCCUCCUCCUCCUCCUCCUCUUCUUCUUCUUCUCCCUCCUCCUCUUCCUCUUCCUCUCUCAUUAGUCCUCUUCUUCUCCUUCUUCCUUCUCUUCUUCCUUCGGGACUGAAGUCAGCUCCAUUGCUUUCCCCCUAUCCUCUUAAUCUUCUUCUUCUUCUUCUUCCUCUUCUUCUUCUCCCUCCUCCUCCUCUUCCUCUUCCUCUCUCAUUAAUCCUCUUCUUCUCCUUCUUCUUCCUUCUCCUCUUCCUUCGGAAUUGAAGUCAGCUCCAUUGCUUUCCCCCCAUCCUCUUAAUCAUCUUCUUCUUCUUCUUCUUCUUCUUCUUCUUCUUCUUUUUCUUCUUCUUCUUCUUCUUCGUCGUCGUCGUCGUCGUCUACUUCUUCUUCUUCUUCUCCUUCUCCUUCUCCUUCUUCUCCUCUUCCUUCGGGACUGAAGCCCCCUUCCCGCUGCUUCUCUCCUCCUUCUGCCUCCUUCCCUUCUUCCUCGGGGGUCCAGGGUCCGGCUCGGGGGGCGGCGGAGGGGCCUCGGCCUCCCCACGGAUGCGACGAGCUUCCUGAGGCGAGGGGAGGGGGUUCCGCCAGGAUGCCCCGCCCGGGCCGCAACACCUACUCGGACCAGAAGCCCCCCUACUCGUACAUCUCCCUGACGGCCAUGGCCAUCCAGAGCUGCCCGGAGAAGAUGCUUCCCUUGAGCGAGAUCUACAAGUUCAUCAUGGACCGCUUCCCUUACUACCGGGAGAACACGCAGCGCUGGCAGAACUCCUUGCGGCACAACCUGUCCUUCAACGACUGCUUCAUCAAGAUCCCGCGGAGGCCGGACCAGCCGGGCAAGGGCAGCUUCUGGGCGCUGCACCCCUCGUGCGGGGACAUGUUCGAGAACGGGAGCUUCCUGCGGCGGAGGAAGCGCUUCAAGGUGCUCAGGGCCGACCCUCUCGGCGCCUCGGGGCCCGGGCCCAACGCGCUCCUGGCGGCCAAGCCCUCCGAGGCGGCGGCGGCGGCGCAGUACCUGCAGCAACAGGCGAAGCUGAGGCUCAGCGCCCUGGCGGCGGCGGCGGCGGCGGCCUCGCACCCCUUGCCGCCCCCCAUGGGACCCCCGUUCCACGCCUCGCCGCCGUCCAGCUUCAAGCACCCCUUCGCCAUCGAGAACAUCAUCGCCCGCGAGUACAAGGUGCCCGGCGGGCUGGCCUUCUCGGCCGCCAUGCAGCCCAUGCCCGGCGCCUACCCGCUGCCCAACCAGCUGGCCGCCGUGCCCACCGCCUGGUCCCAGGUCUACGGCUCCGGGGGCAUGCUCGAGCCCGGCGGCGGCGGCGCCGAGUACGGCUACGGGGUGCCCCUCAAGCCCCUCUGCCACGCCGGAGGAGGGGGAGCGGGCGGGGGCCCCACGCUGCCCGCCAUCCCGGUGCCCAUCAAGGCCACCCCGGCCCUCCUCGCGCCCUCGCCGCCCUCGCUCAGCCCGCCCUCCGCCGCCGGACAGAGCAGCCCCGCCACCCCCAGCCAGACCCUCACCGGGCCCGCCUCCGUCCUCCACGCCGUCGUCGCCGUCCACUGACCCGCCCCGCCCCGUCCCCACCACCUUCGGACCCCUCGUGUCAAGACUUUCCCGCCUCUCCCCAAACACACCUCGUCCCCAAAAACUCAGCACAAUGGAUGGCGAUGUUGUCAUGAUGGACAUUGGGGUCCGCUGUGGGCAAGCGGAGCCCCCCUCUCGCCCCCCACGAAGGACACCCCUAAAGGGAGGCCCUCUUGAGACCCUCACCAACCCACGCUCCCAUAAGUCUCCCCCACGCUGAGAUUCGGAAGGAUUAAAUUCUGGAAAUGUGCAAGGAACUAAGCAGCAGAAUGAAUGGCGAUAUUGUCAUGAUGAACAUUGGGGCCCGCUGUGGGCAAGGGGAGCCCCCCUCCUGCCCCCCAUGAAGGACACCUCUAAAGGGAGGCUUCCUGGAGACCCUCACCAACCCACGCCCCCACAGGUCUCUCCCACGCUGAGAUACGGAAGGAUUAAGAGGCGCCGCGGGUGGAUUUUGUCAUGGCGCACAAGACGGACAUUGGGGCCCGCUGUGGGCAAGCGGAGCCCCCCUCCUGCCCCCCACGAAGGACACCCCUAAAGGAAGGCCUCCUUGAGACCCUCACCAACCCACGCCCCCACAGGUCUCCCCCACGCUGAGAUUCGGAAGGAUUAAAUUCUGGAAAUGUGGAACGAACUAAGCAGCAGAAUGAAUGAUGCACAAGACAGACAUUGGGGCCCGCUGUGGGCAAGCGGAGCCCCCCUCCCGCCCCCAUGAAGGACACACCUAAAGGGAGGCCUCCUUGAGACCCUCACCAAUUUCCACCCCCGCAGGCCUCUCCCACUCUGAGACGCGGGUGGGUUUUGCCAGGACGCACAGAAGGCGCCCAGGACAGAUUCAAGGACUGAUUUGCAGGCACAAGUUUGGGGCGCCUCCUGUGACUAUAUUGUGGUCCGCUGUGGACAAACGGAGCCCCCCUCCCGCCCCCCAUGAAGGACACCUCUAAAGGAGGGCCUCCUUGCGACCCUCACCAAUUUCCAUCCCCACGGGUGUCUCCCAAGCUGAGAUUCGGAAGGAUUAAGGGGCGUCGCGGGUGGAUUUUGCCAUGACUCACAAAAGGCGCCUGGCUAGAAUUAAUUAAUAAGGACUGAAUAAAGGUGCGAUUUUGCCAGGACGCACGGGACGGACAUUGGGGUCCGCUGUGGGCGAAGGGAGCCCCCUUCCGGCCCCCCACGAAGGACAUCUCUAAAGGGAGGCCCCCUUAUUACCCCCACCACGCCUCGCCCCCGCAGGACCCUCCCACGCUGAGAUUCGGGGGGAGAAAGCGGCGUCGCGGGGGGAUUUUGUCAGGACGCACAAAAGGCUUCCUGGCAAGAACUAAUAAGGACUAUUAUUGUGCAAGGCCUAAGUUUGGGGCGCCUCCACUGACUUCGCCUCCCGAUC